GCACAGUACCUGAAAAAAAUCAUGGAGUGGAAAAUACUUCCCAUUUACUUGCUGCUGCUUUCUGUUUUCUCGAUUCAGCAAGCUUCUUCUCAAGGUUUACCAAGCUGUGCAGGGAGAUGUGGGGAAGUGUAUUCUAGAGAUGCCGCCUGCAACUGUGAUUAUAACUGUCAACACUACAUGGAGUGCUGCCCUGAUUUCAAGAAAGUCUGCACCGAGGAACUUUCCUGUAAAGGCCGCUGUUUCGAGUCCUUUGUGCGAGGAAGGGAGUGUGACUGUGAUGCCGAGUGUAAGACCUAUGGCAAGUGCUGUUCCGAUUACGUGGACUUCUGUGAAGAAGUGCACAAUCCCACAUCACCACCAUCUUCAAAGACUGCACCUCCAUCUCCAAGAGCAUCUCAAACCACCAAAUCAGCAACCAAACAUUCACCUAAAUCACCAAGCAAGACGACGACUAAGAAAAUUAUAGAAUCAGAGGAAAUAACAGAAGAACAUUCUGUUUCUGAAAAUCAAGAGUCCUCCUCCUCUUCCUCUUCCUCUUCAAGUAUUCGGAAAGUCGCGUCUUCCAAAAAUUCAGCUGCUAAUAGAGAAUUACAGAAGAAACCCAAAGAUAAGAAGAGAAUAACUAAAAAGAGACCUACCCCAGAAGCACCAGUUGUAGAUGAAGCUGGAAGUGGACUGGACAAUGGUGAUUUCAAGCUCACUCCAACUCCUGACAUUCCUACCACCCAAAACAAUAAAGUCUCCACAUCUCCCAAGAUUACAACAGUAAAACCCAAAAAUCCUAAACCCAGUCUUCCACCUGGUACAAGCACUGCUAAGGUCACAUCCAAAGAGACAUCUUCAACAAUAAAAACUAAAGACAUCAAUACGACAAAUAGACAGACUUCAGCUAGUACAAAAGAGAAGACUACUUCAGCUAAAGAGACACAAAGUGCAGAGAAAACAUCUGCUAAAGAUUCUGCAUCCACGUCUGAAGUGUCUACACCCAAGGCUGAAACUACAACCAAGGCCGCUGCUCUUGUGACCCCUAAGCAGUUGACUUCCACCACCACCAAGGUGCCUAUUCCUACCACCCCUAAGAAGCCCGCUCCCACCACCUCCAAGGUGCCCAUUCCCACCACCCCCAAGGUGCCCGCUCCUACCACCACCACCCCCAAGGCACCCAUUCCCACCACCAAGGAAUCUGCUCCCACCACCCCCAAGGUGCCCACUCCUACCACCACCACCACCCCCAAGGUGCCUGCUCCCACCACCCCCAAGGUGCUCACUCCUACCACCACCACCACGCCCAAGGUGCCUGCUCCUACCACCACCACCACCCCCAAGGCGCCCAUUCCCACCACCCCCAAGAAGCCUGCUCCUACCACCACCCCCAAGGUGCCCGCACCCACCACCCCCAGGGUGCCUACGCCCUCUAGUCCUGAGACCUCUAAUCUGAUUACCACUGUGGGGCUUCUCACUACUCCCAAGACCCCUGUGGAACCAACCCCUGAGUUUCCUGUAGAACCCACACCAAAGGCUCCUGAAAAAGAUCCCAAGGAGCCUGCUUUACCUACAACCAAAGCUGCUGACUCCACCAAACCUGAAAUGACAACAAUAGCUAAAGAGAAGACAACAGAAAAAGCCAUACAUACUACAUCUGCGAUUACAACUAUUGGGCCUAAAAUUACAACAAAAGUAACAGCAACUACAACAGAAGAAAAGACCACUGAAUCUAAAAUAACAAGUACAACCAUGCACGUGACAUCUACCACAACUGAAGAUAACCCGUCAUUGAAAAUAACUCCUAAUGCAACAAUUAUUACACCCAAAGUAACUACAACAAAAAAGACAACCACUAAGACUGAAGAGACUAUGAACAAACCUAAAGAAGUAACAGCCAAACCAAAAGAUACAGCUACUAGUUCUCAAGUGACAACUCCUAAACCACAAACGCCAACCAAAGCACCCCAAAAGCCCAAUUCUACCCAAAAGCCAACUACAACACCUAAAGUGAGAAAACCAAUGACUACAACUCCUUCAAAGAUGACUAUAUCAACAGUACCUGAAUUAAACCCUGCCUCUUUAGAUGAAACCAUGCUCCAAACCACCACCAGCUCUAACCAAAGGCCAAACUCAGACAUAGUUGAAGUAAAUUCAAAGAAUGAAGAUGCAGACACUGCCGAAGGGGAAAAACCUUACCUGAUUCCUAGGCCCCCGGUAUUUAUUCCUAUUCCAGGCCUGGAAUCCAGAGUGAUUAGCAUAAACCCCAUGUUUUCAGAUGAGACUAAUUUAUGUAAUGGUAAACCAGUGGAUGGACUGACUACUUUGUACAAUGGGACAUUGGUGGCAUUUCGAGGUCAUUAUUUUUGGAUGCUAAAUCCAUCCAGUCCACCAUCUCCAGCUCGUAGAAUUACUGAAGUAUGGGGUAUUCCCUCCCCCAUUGAUACUGUUUUUACCAGAUGUAACUGUGAAAGGAAAACUUUCUUCUUUAAGGAUUCUCAGUACUGGCGUUUCACCAAUGAUAAAAUGGAUGCAGGGUAUCCCAAACAAAUUGUAAAAGGAUUUGGAGGACUAAAUGGAAACAUAGUGGCAGCUCUCUCAAUAGCUACAUACAAGAACAGGCCCGAAUCUGUGUAUUUUUUCAAGAGAGGUGGGAGGAUUCAGCAGUAUACUUAUAAACAGGAACCAACCACAAAGUGCACUGGAAGAAGGCCUGCUAUAAAUUAUUCAGUGUAUGGAGAAACAACACACAUUAGGAGACGUCGCUUUGAGCGGGCUAUUGGGCCUUCUCAAACACACACCAUCAGAAUUCAGUACCUGCCUGUCAGAGCCGAUUACCAAGUUAAAGGUUUCCUCGAUAAUGAAGACAAAGUGAGUACACUGUGGAGAGGAUUUCCAAGUAUGGUUACCUCAGCUGUAUCACUGCCCAACAUCAGAAAACCUGAUGGCUAUGAUUACUAUGCCUUUUCUAAGGAUCAAUACUAUAACAUCGACGUGCCUAGUAGAACAGCAAGACCAAUUACUACUCAUUCUGGGAAGACCCUAUCCAAAGUCUGGUACAACUGUCCUUAGACCGAUGAUGGGCAAAGGAAGAGCCAACUAAUUAAAAGAACGAUAAAUUUGACACUGAAAUACAUUUUAUUAAUAAAGAAUGUUGAGAUAAGCAUACCAACUUAAAUACAAAAAUGUUUUUAAACGCGACAAUCAUUACACUAAAACAGAUUUGACAAUCUUAUUCACAACUAGUUUAUAGAACAUUUAAUUAAUAUUUCCUCUAUUUAUUCCUCCUCUC